UAUGUAAACUGAAAAACUGAAAGUAAAAAAGCAGUGUAAGUGAAACUAGAUUUAAUCUGAAACUUCUACUGGGAAAGAUGUCUAGUAAAAUGGACGCAGGUGACACCCAGAAGCUCUCAGAUCUGAGGAUUGUGUUAAUAGGGAACAGAAGAUCUGGUAAGAGUUCAUCAGGAAACAUCAUCCUGAACAGAGAGGAGUUUGACUUGAAGAGAUCUGCUCAGUGUGUGAAGAGACAGAGAGAAGUAGCAGACAGACACAUCACUGUGAUUGAAGCUCCUGGAUGGUGGAGAAAUUAUACUGUAGAGAAGAGCACAGAGUUACUGAAAGAAGAGAUUUUACUCAGUGUGUCUCUGUGUCCUCCAGGACCUCACAUUGUUCUUCUGGUUAUACGUGUGGACAGAAGAUUUAAAGAGGAUGAGAGAAAAGUAUUACAGGGUUAUGUUGAUCUUCUGGGUGAGAGAGUCUGGAGUCACACUAUAGUGCUCUUCACUCAUGGAGACUUUCUAGGAAACACAACUAUAGAGAAACACAUUGAGAGUGAAGGUGAGGAUCUCCAGUGGCUGGUGAAGAAAUGUGGGAACAGAUAUCAUCUUCUCAACAAUAACAACAGAAGUGAUGAGACUCAGAUCAAAGAUCUGCUGGAGAAGAUAGAGGAGACAGUGACAGAAAACAACGGCCGCCAUUUUGAAAUGGACAGAAAGAUUUUACAGAAGAUGAAAGAGAGAAGGAGAGCAGAGGAAGAGAGAGCAGAAGAACGAAUGAAGAGGAUGAAGAAACAGAGAGAGAUGAUCAGAUCACAGUUGAGUGAAACUCAGAAGCUCUCAGAUCUGAGGAUUGUGUUAAUGGGGUAUAAAGGAUCUGGUAAGAGUUCAUCAGGAAACAUCAUCCUGAACAGAGAGGAGUUUGACUUGAAGAGAUCUGCUCAGUGUGUGAAGAGACUGAGAGAAGUAGCAGACAGACACAUCACUGUGAUUGAAGCUCCUGGAUGGUGGAGAAAUCAACCUGUAGAGAAGAGCACUGAGUUACUGAAAGAAGAGAUUUUACUCAGUGUGUCUCUGUGUCCUCCAGGACCUCACAUUGUUCUUCUGGUUAUACGUGUGGACAGAAGAUUUAAAGAUGUUGAGAGAAAAGUAUUUCAGGGUUAUGUUGAUCUUCUGGGUGAGAGAGUCUGGAGUCACACUAUGGUGCUCUUCACUUAUGGAGACUUUCUAGGAGACACAACUAUAGAGCAACACAUUGAGAGUGAAGGUGAGGAUCUCCAGUGGCUGGUGGAGAAAUGUGGGAACAGAUAUCAUCUUCUCAACAAUAACAACAGAAGUGAUGAGACUCAGAUCAAAGAUCUGCUGGAGAAGAUAGAGGAGACAGUGACAGAAAACAACGGCUGCCAUUUUGAAAUGGACAGAAAGAUUUUACAGAAGAUAGAAGAGAGAAGGAGAGCAGAGGAAGAGAGAGCAGAAGAACGAAUGAAGAGGAUGAAGAAACAGAGAGAGAUGAUCAGAUCACAGAUGAGUGACACUCAGAAGCUCUCAGAUCUGAGGAUUGUGUUAAUGGGGUAUAAAUUUGCUGGUAAGAGUUCAUCAGGAAACAUCAUCCUGAACAGAGAGGAGUUUGACUUGAAGACAUCUGCUCGGUGUGUGAAGAGACAGAGAGAAGUAGCAGACAGACACAUCACUGUGAUUGAAGCUCCUGGAUGGUGGAGAAAUAAACCUGUAGAGAAGAGCACUAAGUUACUGAAAGAAGAGAUUUUACUCAGUGUGUCUCUUUGUCCUCCAGGACCUCACAUUGUUCUUCUUGUUAUACGUGUGGAUUACAGAUUUAAAGAAAAUAGGAUAAAAGUAUUUCAGGGUUAUGUUGAUCUUCUGGGUGAGAGAGUCUGGAGUCACACUAUAGUGCUUUUCACUUGUGGAGACUUUCUAGGAGACACAACUAUAGAGAAACACAUUGAGAGUGAAGGUGAGGAUCUCCAGUGGCUGGUGGAGAAAUGUGGGAACAGAUAUCAUCUUCUCAACAAUAACAACAGAAGUGAUGAGACUCAGAUCAAAGAUCUGCUGGAGAAGAUAGAGGAGACAGUCACAGAAAACAACGGCCGCCAUUUUGAAAUGGACAGAAAGAUUUUACAGGAGACAGAAGACAGAAGGAGAGCAGAGGAUGAGAGAGCAGAAGAACGAAUGAAGAGGAUAAAGAAACAGAGAGAGAUGAUCAGAUCACAGAUGGAAAACAUCAGAGAUAAGCUUGUGGUUGGCAUCAAAGAUAAAGAGCUUUCAAGAAAGUUGCAGCUGAUGACAGACCUUACCUUAGACACAGCGGUGCUGAUGGUGAGGCAGGUGGAGGAUAUUGCCCAGCAGGUGAGCCAACAGGAGGAAGCACAAACAAAGAAAUCAAAAGAAACCUCGGAUCUUGGAAAGGGUGGGUCUCCUAAAAGAGACUUUUUGAAGUCGGGUGGCCAAAACCAACUGGAAGCCAACCGGCGGACAACCAUCCUCUCCUCCAGGACCACCACAAAUAUAGGAACAUGGAACGUAAGAACCAUGUUCCAAACUGGAAAAACUUCCGAAGUUGCUGCUGAAAUGCAGAAGUACCAGCUGGACAUUUUAGGCAUUAGUGAGUCUCGAUGGACAGGCUCAGGCCAGAUAAAACUCAACACAGGGGAGCUGCUAUUAUAUUCAUGGCAUGAGGAGGAAGAUGCACCACACAGCCAAGGAGUAGCACUAAUGCUCUCCAGAAAAGCCCAGAAUGCACUCAUAGGGUGGGAAGCGCAUGGCUCUCGCAUAAUUACCGCAAGAUUCAAGACUAAGAAACAGAAAGUAAAGGUCGACAUCCUUCAGGUGUAUGCUCCUACCAAUGACAGUAAAGAAGAAGACAAGGAAGUUUUUUAUUGCAGACUGCGAUCCAUUGUCCAAAAGUGUCCUAGGAGCAAUAUAAUUUUACUAAUGGGUGACCUUAAUGCUAAAAUAGGCAGCAAAAACAAAGGCUUUGAAGAAUGCAUGGGAACACAAGGCUUGGGAGAAAUGAACGAAAAUGGUGAAAGGUUGGCUGAUCUAUGUGCCUUAGAGGGACUGGUCAUUGGAGGAAGCCUCUUCAUGCAUAAAAAUAUCCACAAAGCGACAUGGAUCUCACCAGAUAUGUCAACGGCCAACCAAAUUGACCAUAUAUGUAUAUGCAAAAAAUUUAGAAGAUCUCUCCAAGAUGUUAGGGUUAAAAGAGGUGCAGACGUAGCAUCAGACCAUCAUCUACUAACUGCCAAAAUAAAACUUAAGCUGAAAAAGAACUGGACUAAUGGGGGAAAUAAGCGACAACGUUUCAACACCAACCUCUUGAAAAAUGAGUCCAAACUAAAAGAAUUCGAAAUCACCAUCUCUAACAAAUUCCAGGUACUACAAGAUCUAGGUGAAGAGGCAACUAUAGACCAAAAUUGGAAGGACAUCAAAGAGAUCUUCACAACCACAUGCGAAGAAGUGCUGGGCCCCUGGCAACAAACACACAAAGAAUGGAUUUCCGCUGAAACCAUGGAGAAAAUCCAAUAUAGGAAAAAGAAGAAAGAAAUUUUAAACAACAGCCGCACUAGAACUGAAAAGGCUAAGGCAGUAGCAGAGUACACAGAAGCAAAUAAAGAAGUUAAACCAGCUUACCAUAGAAACACAAGAGAACUAUACAGCACAAUCCAAAAGCUGUCUGGAAAAUUCAUCAAACCAGAGAGACCAGUCAAAACUAAAGAUGGACAAUCGAUACCGGAUAAAGAGGGUCAGGAAAAAAGAUGGAUAGAGCAUUUCCAAGAACUCCUUAAUCGACCUGCCCCACAACACACUUUCAACAUAGAACCAGCGGAACAAGAUCUAGAAAUAGACUGUAACACACCUACAAAACAAGAGAUACAAAGAGCAAUUAAACAAUUAAAGAAAGGUAAGGCAGCUGGCCCAGACAGAAUACCAUCAGAAGCCUUGAAAGCAGACACUACAACUAGCACUGAGAUGCUACACAAAUUAUUUAAGAAAAUAUGGGAGGAAGAACAGAUCCCACUAGAAUGGAAAGAAGGGCAUCUCAUUAAGCUCCCAAAGAAAGGUGAUCUUAGUUCCUGCUCCAAUUACAGGGGAAUAACUCUGCUGUCAAUACCAAGCAAAGUAUUUAGCAGAGUACUGCUAAACAGAAUGAGGGAGGCAAUAGACACCCAACUUAGGGACCAACAAGCAGGCUUCAGAAAAGAUAGAUCUUGCACCGAUCAGAUUGCAACACUGCGAAUUAUAGUGGAACAAUCUCUGGAGUGGAACUCAUCACUAUACAUCAACUUCAUAGAUUACGAGAAGGCCUUUGAUAGUGUCGACAGAGAUACUUUGUGGAAACUGUUAAGACACUACGGGGUACCACAAAAAUUAACAGAUAUAAUCAAGGCCUCCUAUGAAGGACUAUCCUGCAGAAUUGUUCAUGGCCAACAAACAACUGAGGCCUUUGGAGUACAGACUGGUGUCAGACAGGGCUGUUUGCUCUCACCCUUCUUAUUCUUGUUGGCCAUUGACUGGAUCAUGAAAAUGUCUACAGAGCAAAAGAGAAAUGGCAUUCAGUGGACACUAUGGAAACAGCUUGAUGACCUGGAUUUCGCAGAUGACCUGGCCCUACUCUCACAUACACAGCAACAAAUGCAAGAGAAAACCAGCUCUGUAGCACAUUACUCUGCAUGCAUCGGCCUGAACAUACAUAGAGAAAAGAGAAAAGUCCUAAAAGUUAAUACAUCAAGCACUUCACCUAUAAUAUUAGAGGGGGCGAUUCUGGAGGAAGUGGAAAGCUUCACUUAUCUCGGAAGCAUCAUCAACAUACAAGGAGGGACUGAUGCUGACAUAAAAGCAAGAAUUGGCAAGGCAAGAGUUGCUUUCAACCAAUUGAAAAAGAUCUGGUCCUGUAGUAACUUGACCCUCAAGACUAAAGUCAGGUUAUUCAACACCACUGUGAAGCCUGUCUUAAUGUAUGGAGCAGAAACAUGGCGAACAACAGCAGCUGGCUUAAAAAAGCUACAGACAUUUAUCAAUUCAUGUCUCCGAAAGAUCCUCAGAAUCCGCUGGCCCAAUAUCAUCACCAAUGAAGAGCUCUGGCGACGCACUCAACAGGAACCCAUUGAAGAAUUAAUCCGUCAACGCAGAUGGAAAUGGAUUGGCCACACCCUCAGAAAGCCAGCCUCCAGCAUCACCAGACAAUCCCUUACCUGGAAUCUGCAAGGCAAGAGAAAAAGUGGUCGUCCCAGAAUAACCUGGAGAAGGGAGCUGGAGGCAGACAUCAAAAAGAGUGACGAGACGACAGGCGACGAUGAUGAUGAUGAAGAUGAAAACCUCCUAGGAGGUUUAGAUGGAGUUGCGGUGUACAUGGACGAUCUAAUAGUUCACGGCGAAACCAGAGAGCAGCACAAUGAGCACCUAAGGCGUGUUCUGGUGGGGAUCAAACUUUACAAAGGAAAUAUAUGGGUAGUCUAUGACGCUCAGAAGCUCUCAGAUCUGAGGAUUGUAUUAAUAGGGAAAAGAAGAUCUGGUAAGAGUUCAUCAGGAAACAUCAUCCUGAACAGAGAGGAGUUUGACUUGAAGACAUCUGCUCAGUGUGUGAAGAGACAGAGAGAAGUAGCAGACAGACACAUCACUGUGAUUGAAGCUCCUGGAUGGUGGAAAACACCUGUAGAGGAGAGCACUGAGUUACUGAAAGAAGAGAUUUUACUCAGUGUGUCUCUGUGUCCUCCAGGACCUCACAUUGUUCUUCUGGUUAUACGUGUGGACAGAAGAUUUAAAGAUGUUGAGAGAAAAGUAUUUCAGGGUUAUGUUGAUCUUCUGGGUGAGAGAGUCUGGAGUCACACUAUAGUGCUCUUCACUCAUGGAGACUUUCUAGGAAACACAACUAUAGAGAAACACAUUGAGAGUGAAGGUGAGGAUCUCCAGUGGCUGGUGGAGAAAUGUGGGAACAGAUAUCAUCUUCUCAACAAUAACAACAAAAGUGAUGAGACUCAGAUCAAAGAUCUGCUGGAGAAGAUAGAGGAGACAGUGACAGAAAACAACGGCUGCUGUUUUGAAUUGGACAGAAAGAGAGCAGAAGGAGAGAGAGCAAGAUCACACAUUAAGAUCAGCUCUGAGCCUUCACUUAUAAUGCCUGAUGAGUUUGGAGAACACCAGACAAGAGAUCAGAGAUCAUUCCUUCAUGCAGAAUCUCUCCAGAUCCUUCAGAUUCCAGCUCCAUGUUGGUGCUUCUUCUCUUCAGUUCCCUUUCACGUCGUGAACGUGGAAUUGGGAACCACUCCGCGGGACUUGAGUUCGAGUGAGUGCGUUGCCUCUCCCUGUGUGUUUCACCAGCUUGCACAAAGAGUAUUUCCCUUAAAGAGCAGCACGUUUGAGCUUUGUGUCUUUGUAAAGACAGCCACUUAUUCGUGUCACGGUUGGGGUCGUCUUUUUAAAGAUGGAUUUCCGUCCGUGCUCCGUUUCUGGAUGCGGUGUGUUCAACGCCCCUCCGUCUGCGAGGGCAUGACUAUGGCGGAUUUGCAGAGACGGGUGUCGUUCCUCCGGCAACGGCGCCCGCCUUCCAAGUCUGGUGCUGCUAAGAGCGUAGUCACCAGGCUUGCGAAGGAUGAUCUCCGUAUAACGGUGCUGGGUCGGUCUGCUGGUACGUCCAACAGCUCCCAGCGCCCUGAUCUGUUGCCAGCGGAGGUCCCGAUGGAGACUAGCGGGCCGUGUUCUAUGGUGUCCUCGCGCUCUGUCGAGCCUCCACCGGACGCGAUGUCCACCCAACCUAAAAAAGCGAAAAAGGACAAAUCUAGCGAUCUUUUCUGUCGUGGUUGGAGACUGACGCGAGAGCAUGUAUCAUUCUCUACACUCAACGAGCAGCAGGUGCUGCUAGACAAUCACAAGCAGCCCGGUCCUCACGUGCAGUCCGCCAGAGUCCCUCACACCCGCAACGACAGAGCGAUGGAAGUACAACAAGCUCAAAGCCGACGACUCGCUCAGCGUGGAUGCAUUGGCACACAGCUGGCCGCGAAACAUGCGCAAAUACGCGUUCCCUCCGGUGAGCCUCAUUGCGCAAACCCUAUGCAAGAUCCGGGAGGACGAGGAGAGUGUGCUGUUGGUAGCACCGUAUUGGACAACCAGGAGUUGGUUUCCAGAAAUCUCUCUCCUCGCGAAGAUUCCCCUGAGGAAGGACCUUCUUUCUCAACAAGAGGGCACAUUAUGGCACCCGCGCCCCGACCUGUGGAACCUCCAUGUGUGGUCUCUGGACGGGGCAUGGAGGAUUUGAGUGACACCCAGAAGCUCUCAGAUCUGAGGAUUGUGUUAAUAGGGAACAGAAGAUCUGGUAAGAGUUCAUCAGGAAACAUCAUCCUGAACAGAGAGGAGUUUGACUUAAAGAGAUCUGCUCAGUGUGUGAAGAGACAGAGAGAAGUAGCAGACAGACACAUCACUGUGAUUGAAGCUCCUGGAUGGUGGAUUGAUGAACCUGUAGAGAAGAGCACUGAGUUACUGAAAGAAGAGAUUUUACUCAGUGUGUCUCUGUGUCCUCCAGGACCUCACAUUGUUCUUCUGGUUAUACGUGUGGAUGACAGGUUUACAGAUAAUAGGAUAAAAGUAUUUCAGGGUUAUGUUGAUCUUCUCAGUGAGAGAGUCUGGAGUCACACUAUAGUGCUCUUCACUCAUGGAGACUUUUUAGGAGACACAACUAUAGAGAAACACAUUGAGAGUGAAGGUGAGGAUCUCCAGUGGCUGGUGGAGAAAUGUGGGAACAGAUAUCAUCUUCUCAACAAUAACAACAGAAGUGAUGAGACUCAGAUCAAAGAUCUGCUGGAGAAGAUAGAGGAGACAGUGACAGAAAACAACGGCUGCUGUUUUGAAAUGGGCAGAAAGAUUUUACAGGAGAUAGAAGACAGAAGGAGAGCAGAGGAUGAGAGAGCAGAAGAACGAAUGAAGAGGAUGAAGAAACAGAGAGAGAUGAUCAGAUCACAGAUGAGUGACAGUCAGAAGCUCUCAGAUCUGAGGAUUGUGUUAAUGGGGUAUAAAUAUGCUGGUAAGAGUUCAUCAGGAAACAUCAUCCUGAACAGAGAGGAGUUUGACUUGAAGACAUCUGCUCAGUGUGUGAAGAGACAGAGAGAAGUAGCAGACAGACACAUCACUGUGAUUGAAGCUCCUGGAUGGAGGAUUGAUGAACCUGUAGAGAAGAGCUCUGAGUUACUGAAAGAAGAGAUUUUACUCAGUGUGUCUCUGUGUCCUCCAGGACCUCACAUUGUUCUUCUGGUUAUACGUGUGGACAGAAGAUUUAAAGAUGUUGAGAGAAAAGUAUUUCAGGGUUAUGUUGAUCUUCUGGGUGAGAGAGUCUGGAGUCACACUAUAGUGCUCUUCACUCAUGGAGACUUUCUAGGAAACACAACUAUAGAGAAACACAUUGAGAGUGAAGGUGAGGAUCUCCAGUGGCUGGUGGAGAAAUGUGGGAACAGAUAUCAUCUUCUCAACAAUAACAACAGAAGUGAUGAGACUCAGAUCAAAGAUCUGCUGGAGAAGAUAGAGGAGACAGUGACAGAAAACAACGGCUGCUGUUUUGAAUUGGACAGAAAGAGAGCAGAAGGUGAGAGAACAAGAUCACACAUUAUGAGAGAAGAUGAGAUGUCUGAUACAGUAUCUCUGAUGAGUUCUGGUUUUGGUUCAUUCAGAUCUCGAUCAGGGGCAGACAACAGUUCAGUUUUUGCAUCAUCACACUCAAGAGAUCAACCUCUCCACUUUGGAGAUGGAUCAAGUUAUAACACAGUAUCACGACAGCCAUUUAUGAGAGGAGAUGAGAUGUCUGAUACAGUCUCUCUGGGAAGUUCUGGUUUUGGUUCGUUCAGAUCUCGAUCAGGUGGAGACAGCAGUUCAGUUUUUGCAUCAUCACACUCAAGAGAUCAACCUCUCCACUUUGCUGAUGGAUCUUCACACUCCACUUCUGAGUCUGAGGAACAUUCAGGAACCAAAAGAACAAAGAACCCAGCCAGGGUCUUAAGUUUUUUAAGAAGAGGCAAACAGAAUAAAUAAGGAGAAUACAGAAACUGCAAUAUUUGUUUCCCCCUAAAAUUAUUGAAAUAAAUUGUCCCUGACAUAACAUACAUUUUGUAAUAAAGAGUUAUCCAUCCAUUUAAAACCCCAUUCACACAGUACUUUGAAUCCCCCGUAAAGAGGUCCUUGAAACAUUUUUGGAAAGCAUUAUAUGUGAACAAGAUGCAGAAACAAUGCCACAAGGAGAGUGCUGUGGUAAGGACGCAGGUGUCAUCUCAACCAGAAGUUAUGAUUCAACUCUUUGACACAGGGCUUUAAAUGCGAUCAACAUUCACAAGAGAAAUGUUGGCAAACUGGAUGCCGAAGCUGAGAUCAUUUACCAGCAUGACAGCGCAUCAUGCGCUCCUUAUGAUCUUGUCAUAAACUAAAAUCCAUGUGUGUGGUUUUUUUGAGAGAGAAAUCACACAUAAUUAGCAAACUUCAGACGCUGUGGAAAUAACGCGUCCCGUGUCUUUGAAGGAUCUUUACGGUAUGUGUGUAAAUGCACGCACAGAUUCUGGAAAAUCAGUGGCAGUGUGAAUGAACCAAAAAUCAAACAAUCCUGGACUUAUCCCGGAUGCAUUUUCUGUGUAUUUUCUGUAAUAUCGGUGUGAAAAGGGCUUAAGAAAUUGAAAUGAAUUUACUACCCUCAUGUUUCAGUUUAACUGAUAAAGGUAACUAACAUCAAUGAACCCAGUAGAGCAGGUAGCACAGAAUAAGUAUGUAACCGCUUAAACAGUGUGUGUCCUGGCAUUUAAAAACAGCUGGGUGAAGUGCAGAGCAACCAUAUUAAGCACAAGCUAGAAUGUUUAUUGCCUUUAUAAUUUUUAUGGAGUCUUAAUAUGAUAUUGAUAUUUAAUUUCUAGUCUAAAGGUGGAGAUCAGAAACUGCUCAGCUGUGCACAAGGUGAAGGUCAUUUGCGAUUUAUAGAUUUUAUAUCUAAAAGAAAGGGUAAACGUGUUUUCAGUGGAAAUGUUCAUUCUAUGAAUCACACAUAGCAUUUUUAAAAAUUAUGGUGAGGUCAAAUUUAGGAUGGUUUCUACGCAGCAUUUUAUAUAGGCCCCAGGUAAUGAGAAUUGAUAAUGUGUUUGUAAACCACCGAUACAGUUUAAAAUUAUUUAGUUUAACAUUAUUUUUUUGUUCAUUCUAACUUAAGGCAAUGUAACUAUUAACUACACUGUAAAAAAAUGCAACAAAAAAUUAAAACAACUUGGUUUUGCAAGUCACUUCAACAUAUUAUUAUUUUAAGUUUUUACUUCAAUGCCAUUUUAUAAUCUGAACCUUUUCUCAUCAUAAAGAGAACAGAAAGAUUCUUCAGAUGUUAAUGGGUUUUUUUUCUAUGGCAUCAUGAUGAAGCAUCUUUAUAUUUAAGAGUGUACAGUAAUUAAAGUGAUUGUCUGUGGGUGUUGUGAAUAAAUAAUUUUGGUAAGUUUAUUAGCAUAAAGGUUAUUGAAUGAACUGAGAAUAAAAGUAGGAAAUCUAUACUCAAUUCAUGGUUAAAAAUAAUGCAGUUUUGAUCCUUUGUAUGUACAGAGCAUUGGUUUGUGUAUUUUUUGUACAUUCAGAUGAGGUGUCACUAAAAUCACACAAACAACAUAAAUCAAAUGAUUGCUGUUUUUUGCCUUUCCUACGUGAUAAAGAAAUGUUAUUUCUUAAAAUGUAUAAUUUUAAUAAAAAAUCCUGUAUAAUGUUACACAAAUAAACAGACCUAAUCUCACUUUGAUAGAAUUUGAUAGAAAUCAAGAUUUGAUUUUAAAAUACAUCCAUUUACCUAUCAUAAGAUGUUCAAAUUACUAGUAGCAAAAAUGUAAUGUUUAUUUACUUGUCCAUAUCUAUAACGCCACAUUUGCAAUAUUUGUCUUUGUUUAUUGAAUCAUUGCUUUGCUGUAAAUAUGAGCAAAUAAAGUGAUGAAGA